CAGGACUAGACAUAUUUCUAAGAAGUCGAAACUUGUUUUUGGAAGAAUUAGCGACCACAUAUUUUACUAUUUCUUUCAGGAAGCUAUUCAGAUAUCUUGGGGGUUUAGCAUGAAACUACAUGCCAUAAUGCGGUGUGUGUCAUGCGCAGUAGCGAUCUUUCUGCGAAAUCGGGAUUUCCCAAUAAUCGGCGAAGGAUUUCCUCGAAAUGUUAAUAGGUAGUCACACUGUAGAGCCGUAGUGUUGAUAUAGCGUUGACAGCGAUGGAUCUGGUCAGUAUGAAUUUCACUCUGACAGCGCUAUCAUCAGUUCAGUUAAUCAAGACGGGUAUUGAAGCUGUACAUUGUGUAUCGGAAUGCCCCCUUCAAGCUGUGACCCAGCUGUCCACAAGGCUAUGUGUAACUCUCACGACACCGACUUAUGUCUCGCGGACUUAGCGCAACGGGACAUUCGCGUUGAUGUGCACUUAUAUGAUAUACAGAAAUCGCCAGGCAGAACUCUGGCGAGUGUAACGAAAGAGCCACAAACGAGAGAGACUGAUGUAUCGAAAGAGACUAAGGAUUAUGUUUAUCAGAAAGUCACAUCUGAAUUUGACUUUGACAUCGUUUUUAAAAGUCUGUGCGAUGCAAAUGACAGCUGCUGGUACUACGGGGAUUGUUCCAGUGCAGAGGCAAAGGCGGUCCUUAAGCAUCAACCGAGAGGCACGUUUAUUAUCAGGAACAGCUCCGAUCCGAAAUAUUUAUUUGCUCUGAGUGUGAAAACAGAGAGAGGACCGACCAGUGUAAGGAUUCGGUAUUCACGUGGUUUAUUUCAACUGGACUGUGAGGACCAUUUGAAGAACAAGUUACCAAAGUGUGAAAGUGUGGUUGGACUUGUAAAUUUCCAUAUAGCUUUGAGUAGGACCAAGGUGUUCAAGGAUUGUCGAUGGCUGGAGAAAUCGGGGUGCAGAGACAUGCCCGUGUAUCUCACACAGCCCAAACGCAACCAAGUCCCAACGCUACAGCAUCUAUGUAGACUACAAGUUAAUUCCUCACUAACAGAUCUACACUUCCCGGAAAGAUCGACUCGAAGACUCCCUCUACCUAAGAGUAUGAUGACAUAUCUGGAGGACUACCCGUAUACUAUAUGAAAGACGGGAGGGGUCUCAAACGUUUAGGUAUUGUGAAAAUGUCGUUAACAAUUGUUGUAAAAGUGUCGUUAUGGCGAAAGGCGAGUCUUCUGAAGUCUUUGGAGCAAACUCUGCUGGGAAGGAUUCUUCGAAAAGACUCAGUUCCAGGAACGCUUAUGUUGCCAUGGUACCGUAACCAAGAAUUGAAACGAUUACCUAACAGCGUAACGUGUGUACGGAGAACCACGAGGGUAGAGUAUACAGAGAACCACGAGGGUACAGUAUACAGAGAACCACGAGGGUAGAGUAUACAGAGAACCGACUCGGGUGCCGUAUACAGAGAAACUGUGUGAUUUACUAACAAGAUGGGAUGUAUGCGGAUAUUCCUGAUGAAGAAGCGGAAUGAGGGCAGUGAACGCAAUGGAGGAUACACAAACUGGUAACAGGUUGUCUGCAAAUGCCAUAUGUGCUGAGCGCCAAUCUAAAGAGAGACUGUGUGUUUAUGGCUGAUGCGCAAUCCAUGACGAGCUACGGAGGUAAUAUACAUGUGUCUGUCCUCAUCACCCCCUAAAUACGGACAUCUUGUAAUCAACCUCACGUAGUCAAUUCAAUCAAAAUGAACAGACAAUCUAUCAUGACAGUGCACUUGUUCAUAUAGACUCCCACUCACCAGUUCUCAUUGUAAACUUGCCAAUUCAUUAAUUUAUAUUGUUUCGUUUACGUUGUUAACUGUCUUAAACUACAUUGUACAUAUACACGUCUUAAUUAAUUGUCAAUGUUGCAAUGAGACGCGAGAAUGGAAUGUUUGUUUUGGUCGUUGCCGGUGAUGGCUACUUCUAUCAUGUGGUAUGUUUAUGUGUAUGACUGUAUGGAUAUAUGGAUGUUUGCUUGAAAUUAAAACUAGAACAUA